CCACAGUUCAGCAGAAACGAGUUACAAGCACCAUCCCUGAAAACUCUUUGUCGCUCCAAUAAGAUGGCUCCCUGGCGGAGACCGAGACGUAUGGUCAGCGUUUUCGUCUCAGUUGUUUAUAACGCCUGAUACACUGGGACGAGGUGACGUCAUCCGACGUCCACAGUGCGUGAUUGCGUCACUCGCUUCUUGUUCUCAGACUCGCACUGCGUUAGUAAGUAGGAUCCGUGAGUAGAUCUCCAGGCGGCCGCUGCAGUCACCCAGCGUUAUAGCGAGCGGAUUCCCUGUCAGCUGUCACCGCCUGUCAGAGCAGCCACCGAGACCCCCGCUACCGGAGCCAGUGAUAGCAGUUACAGGCAGGUUACAGGCCUCAAAUAAAACACCGGCACUGCCAGACAAGUCCGGACUGAUCCCGAGUAAACCCCGCCCAUCCAGUGCCUAUAUAUACACACAGACAGACACUGUCAUACUCAAUACACGGGGUAUCCAACUCUCUAUACCAGCUCUACAUACAGAAUUCUAAGCUGUCUAUACAGCAUUCUAAGCUGUCCAUAGAGAAUUCUAAGCUGUCUAUAGAGAAUUCUAAGCUGUCUAUAGAGAAUUCUAAGCUGUCAGUGACUGAACCAACCAUUGAAUCCCACAGUGAGCACUCCAGCCUGAAUGAGAAGAUGGAGCCAGUGUCAAUUAUCGCAACUGAGACUCGGCCGGUGAGAACUUCCUAUAAAUAUAUUGUAUAUUAUAUCUAUAAACCAUUGUGUAUUAUAUCUAUAAAUAUAUUGUAUAUUAUAUCUAGAAAUAUAUUGUAUAUUUAUGAAAUAUAUUGUGUAUUAUAUCUAGAAAUAUAUUGUGUAUUAUAUCUAUGAAAUAUAUUGUGUAUUAUAUCUAUAAACCUCUGAGCUACAUGGGGACUAAGGUCUCUUUUAAAAGGAAUAUUUAGGGUCAAUGGACUGUGUGUGUGUAUUUCAGUAUAAAUUAUAUUAUCGUAGGAAUGACUAUGUAAUGUGUGUAUGUAUAUGUAUGGUAGAUUGAAUUAGCCUUAUUAGUCCAGUAGACAAGAUGUCAGUGUAUUGCAGUAUGUAAUGAUACCUUUUUAAUUGGAAUAACAUAAUACUAACAAGUUAAGCGAGUCAACAUUUCAGUCCCGGAUCUGGACUUACCUGAUAACAAACUUGGGCAUUUAUUUGUGGAUAGGUGCUAUAAAGUACUUCCAAAACUAGAAAAUCUCUUGUGGUCUGUAAGUUUGUCCUGACAACCUAGUUUGUUGUUCUGGUUGAUAGGAUAAGGGCAUAACAGGCAGCUGGCUAUCUGCCUCAUAGCAUAUGCUUUUUUUAAGUCAUGGCUGAACACACUCCUUGUUUUCUCUAGUAACCCAGCAGCACUCCCUCCCCACCAACAUAUGGUGUCAGGUUCACAGUGUCAUAGCUGUAAUCUUCAUAUUUUACUGCUCUGCCCAUUGUAAAACAGCCUUGUUGGCUAUAUAUAAUCCCAUGAAUUACCUCAUGCAAGUUCUUUUAUAUGCUGGGUGUUCCCAUUGUGAUUCAUUCAUGACUCAUAUCAAGGUGACAUGGUAUAAUUUACCUUUGUAUACUUCUGUUAUACAGAGGGUUAGUGUUCUCUUUUUACAACAUAUGCAUAUUGGUUAUCAUUUAACACAGAAUUAAAACAUUAUACAGUAAAAAUGUAGGAUUGCUUCCAAAGGCAGCCAGUUUUUUUUUGUUUUGUUUUGUUUUUUAAAGGAUUAAAGUGUAAUUUUGUAAAUCUCUUUUUAUACUUUAUUCAGACUGAGAAAUAUUUGAGUCCACGUCAGAUUCCUGGCUAAGAUCAGGCAUUUUUUGUUUUUGUUUUCAUCCAUGACUUAAACCCAGCUACCAAAACCCAUUUUCACCAGAGCAGCAGAAGGCCAGGGACACAGCUAAACGGUGUUGAAGAGUAGACUUUGGGGUUAAACCGUUCAUGAACAGUUUAACCCCGAUAGGUAAGCUGGUACCUGGUGCUUCCCUUUAAGACUAUUUUUUGCUGAAGUAUAGAAUACAUAGAUACCGUCCUACCCCUUAAAAUCAUCUCAGCUGGUGUUACAAGACUAGGGUUAGGCUAACCUUUAGUCUAACAUGGCACUACUGCAUCCAUGACAAUUACUUGUACAUCACAAGUAUCAAAGUACUUUCGAGUGAUCUUUGAUAUUCUCUGUUCUGCAUAUGACUUGGUGUUUUGUUUUGUUUUCUGUUAUCUAGCAGAUUAUUGAAUGUUGUCUAAUUUACAUAUAUUACUUAACUAUUGCCUAAUUAUAUGUAUAUUUACAAAUUCAUCAUUACAUUUUUAGAGCCCUUGGGGUGUAAACACAAAACCUACAAAUCAGUGCUCAUUGGCAGAUGUCAUGAGUGAGCAGCUAGCCAGAGAGCUUCAGCUAGAAGAAGAGAGCCACAUUGCUCCCCAGGAGGCGCUGUAAGUUACCCAAAAUCUCUAUUAAACUUUAUUUUUUUUAUAAAAGUGUGUGUGAUAUCGAUUUAUAUUAAAUAGAUAACAUAUUACUUUGAUGUGAUGGAUACAUUUAAUAUUUAUUGAAACUUGAUUUCAAUGUAUACACGAUUAAGUAAAUACAUGACUGUUUUGUUUUUAUUUAUUUAUACCCCCACCCCAUAUUCUGCCCAAUUUUGCUGUGCAGCUCUAACUUGUGAACCAUUUGUAGGUAUCUUUUAAAGGAUAACUAAAGGCUAGAAGUCUGUAUCAUUGGUUCCCAUCCUAGUUUUCCAUGUACACCAACAGUCCAGGAUUUAGGCAUUUCCCAAUUCUAUUUCAGUUGAGAUUCCAGGAGGAAUUUUUGUGAUAUGUAGUUCAGACAUUGAGAACUGAUCAGUAUGUGAUAUGCUGGUGGCAAUCCUUUUGCAGUUUUUAUCUAUAAAAGUUAGUCUUUCUUGAAAGACUGUUCACUCUAAGCAGUUACUCUGUAGGGAGAUUGCAUGGGCAUGAUCUAUACACUAAAACUGCCUCAUUAAGCUAAAGUUUUUUUUUAGUGCCUAUUGUGUCCCUCUAAGGAUUGAUUUACACAGCCCUGUUCACAGUUUUGUGAAUAGAAUGUUUUAAAUGAAUCUUGGGCAACAAAUAAGAAGUCAAAUGUUCCCUCUAAUUGUAUUCUUGGAUUAAAAAUGUCCAGGCUGUCUUUUUAAUCAUAUGUUUGUGUAUAAACACAUUUUUUAGGUCUGAAGAAACAUCCUUCCUAACAGGUGAAGAUAUUGACACAUCAAGUGAUGAAGUCUUGGCUCAAAUGCUGCAAAUGCAGUUUGACAGGGAAUAUGAUGCUCAGCUUCUCAGGGAGGAAAGAAAGUUUAAUGGGGACAGUAAAGGUAGGAGACUUAAAAAAAUAAAAAAUAAUAAUGUAUAAGCCAUGUUCCUAAAUAGAGGACUGGAACAAAGCUGAACCCCUGCAUGUUUUGUUUUCAGUUUCCAUAUCCUUUGAGAAUUAUCGAAAGGUGCAUCCUUAUGAAGAGAGUGAUAGCUCUGGAGAUGAAGUUGAUUGGCAGGACACACGCCAUGAUCCAUACAAAGCAGGUAAUUGCAGGGCUAAAAUCAAUGCAUUUAGUAAAACUACCCACUGUGGUUUUCUCACUUAAAUCCUUCAUAAGAUAGUUUUAUCUAUAACUGUUUAUUGGUGGAAACAACAUCCAGUAGUCAAGAUAAAGGACUUUCUCAUACAUUGCUUUGUGUGUUUCAUUUAGCUUUUUAUUUUUCCCAAAUGGUUUUUUUUUUUUUUUUUUUCCUCCUAAGUGUGCAUAUUCUGGGUAUUUAAUCCUUUGUUUUUAAUCCCUUUUUUUUUUUUUUCUCUCUCUCUUCUCCAUCAGAUAAACCCACCACUACCCCAAAGAAGGGCUUUGUUGGAAAAGGAAGAGACAUUACAACUAAACAUGAUGAAGUAGAGUGCGGUAGGAAGAACACUGCUCGAAUGGAAAAUGUAAGCACUAUGUGGUCAUGGUAUUGGGUGGCUGUUUGCACUUGUCCCUUGUUUACCACUGCAGCAUGUUAAUCCUUAAACCUGAUUGUAAUUAUUAAAGAUGUCUCUACACCGCCCCCUCCAAUUAUUGUUAGUGUUCAUUUGCCAUGUGCAUGUAUUCCAAUCUGUUAGAUGUGACCUGUAACUUUUGGCACCUUCACAAAAGAAGCGUCCACAUUUUUUUAUCUUUGCUUUUUAUAUAUGAAGUGCAUCAAAAAGUUAAACAUUUAUAUGUUUCAGUUUGCUUUUAUAAGGCAUAAUAUUGUUUCAGGUCAAUAAAUGUGUUUUUAGUGCAACUUAUCGUCUGAAAGUGUCUCUUCCUCCGCUAUAUCUAUCUCCAGCUAAAUGAUUAUGGGGUUAAAUUCCAAUUUCAUCUGCUUGCUCUUUCUUUCAGUUUGCUCCAGAAUUCCAGGUUGGAGAUGGAAUUGGCAUGGAUUUAAAACUAUCAAACCAGGUUUUCAAUGCACUUAAGCAGCAUUCUAUCUCUGAGCAACGUAGAAGUGCAAGAUUGCAUGACAAGAAAGAAGUAUCUACUGCGGUAUGGAAACCAAUCUCAUUUUAUCCAUUUCGUUCUUGCUGUCUAAAGAAAUAAAAAAUGACAGCUACAAUAUAAAUCUAUGUAAGCGUUUGCACGUUCUAUAUCCAGGGGUGUUUGCUACCUAUUCUCUCUUCUACAAUCCUUUCUAGUAAUGUCAUUUUAAAUAACGUAAUGUGGCAAGCACCACUAUCAUUUUUGUUUUACUGUUAUUGUCUAUGGAAUAUACCAUGUUACGUCAGGAUCUUAAGGUCUGCUAUAGAUCAUCUUGCUUACGUGCUUUGAGGUGCCAUUAGCAUCUGUUGUGCAUUGAACACCUACACAAAUGUCUUGUCCUUAAACCUACUCAAAUCUGUAUUGCAUACUUUUCUUUUUUGCAGGAGAAGGCAGUGGAUCCAAAGACUAGACUGUUAUUGUAUAAAAUGGUGAAUUCUGGGAUACUAGAAACCAUUAAUGGCUGUGUGAGCACUGGAAAGGAAUCUGUUGUCUUUCACGCUAGUGGAGGAAGGUAUGUUUAAUGCUAAGUGUUUGUAUUUAUUUUAAUGUGGCUGGGUAUUUUAAUGUUGACUCACAAACUGUGCCUUACUCUUUUCCCUAAAAGGUACUUUAUCUGUUUGUGUAGAGGUGGCAACUGGGGGAGGCCAUAAACUAUACCUCCUCAGUGUCACCAUAUUUCAACACCUGGCAACGUCAUCUGCCUGGAGCAGUCUUCCCUAUUGUACUCGCAUGCAUACACAAGAGUAUAAAUAAUCUUCAAUAGAUAGUUUUGUACAUGCUCAAUAGGGUGCCAUAUGCAACUAUUUUGCGCAACUCUAAGAUGUCUGUUCUCAUCAGACUUAAAGUGACACUAUAGGCACUCAGACCACUUCACCUCAUUGAAAUGGCCUGGGUGCAGUGUCCCUGUCUGUGUAACCCUGCAACUUCACAGAUUGUAUGAAACUGCAAUGAUUAGAGGUUAACUUCACCUCUUGUGUCUCUUUCAGACAGGAACUAGAAGCACUUUAGUGUCUAUAACUGUUUUAUCCUGUUAAACAACUACUAUAUUCCCUAUAGGGAAGCUUUAUUGUGCGUACUGUCCAUGUCCCAACAUCGCUGUGAUGUUGCAUGAGACCUAGCAAGUGCUGGGAAAAGGGAUUUUCACACUUUAAGUAUUUAAUGUCGGGAAGGACCUAUAGAGUUGUAAAUACAGGUUUGUAUUCCUAACCCUAUAGUGUUCCUUUAACCCCUUAAGGACACAUGACGGAAAUAUUCCAUCAUGAUUCCCUUUUAUUCCAGAAGUUGUGUCCUUAAGGGGCUAAUAACUGAAGAUUGAUGGGGACAUGGAAGGCCAUUGCUUUAUUGUGAGAACUAUAAAACUGGGGACAUGAUGAUUAGAGAUUAAAAAGUAAAGCAUGAACAUGUUGGCUUUGUAUUUCAAUGCGGCUUUCUUUUCCCCCUUCCAUAUAUAAAGCAUGGAAAAUGGUGAGGUACCCACUGAAUGCGCACUAAAGGUCUUCAAAACAACCCUAAAUGAGUUUAAGAAUAGAGAUAAAUACAUUAAAGAUGACUACAGAUUCAAGGAUCGUUUCAGCAAGCUCAAUCCACGCAAAAUCAUUCGCAUGUGGGCAGAAAAGGAAAUGCACAAUCUCAAGAGGUAUGAACACCGGACAGAUGUGUCUUCAUAAAGUAGAGUAUAAUUGACAAAAUAUAAAUUGAUUUCCAUAGAAUCGUCCAUGAUUAGAACCUUCUAGAAGUCAAGCAAGAUAUGCUGCUAUUAUAUAUUGGGUAAUUGUUAGGUGGUACAUGUUUUAACGCCAUCUUUCUUUUGUAAUCAGAAUGCAGAAAGCUGGCAUACCUUGCCCAGAAGUUGUCUUGUUAAAGAAGCAUGUGCUGGUCAUGUCCUUUAUUGGAAAGGAUCAGGUCCCUGCUCCUACACUGAAGGAAGCAAAGCUUGGUUUAGAGGAUGCAAAGCAAGCCUAUUACCAGGUCCUCUCUGUAAGUUAAUAGUGCUUUAUUUUUUUUGUUUAUCUCAUACCAUCCAGAGGGGGGAGAAAAUGUGUAUAUUUUGUAUAUUUCUCAUUCUCUGGUCCUCUACCAGAGAUCUUAUAGUCUGGGUUCUGCAGUUCUGCACAUUAUCUUGGCUGUUCCUAGAGCUGCACUCUUCUAGACACUUCUAGAGAUGUCAGAUAACCCACCUGGAGUCUGCUGUAACCAUUCUCUCAACAAGUGCUCCUAUCAAAACCGGACUAAUGUAUAUCUAUCUCGAUCGUAAUGUUUUUGUUCCACUUGAACUACUUCAAAAUAAUGUGCCGCUGUAAAGUUACUUAAUUCUUAAUCUAUUUAGAUUGAACCAAUAAACCGUAAUUGUGAUGUGUACAUUUUCUUCCACUCUUGUUAUUAGAAAGAAAGAAAAAAAAAAAUUGAAAUUGCUUUAAAAACUAAGGUAAAACUCUAUUUUCAAUCAGGUUGCAUUCAUGGUAGUUGGUUUCUUCAAAAUAGAGGCCUGAGGUACUAAUGGCAGUAAAAGGGAUGUUGCCAGAAACAGUAGCUUAUGUCUCUAAAUUACGGCUCAAUAUUAUCUAUAUAGAUUAAAAUGUGUUUUACUUCAACAUCAUUUUUUCUUUUUUUUCACUCUGUAAAUUUAAAAAAAAAAAAUUUUCUUUUUUUUUUUUCUUUCCCUGUUUAGAUGAUGAAGCAGCUUUAUGACCAGUGCAGCCUUGUGCAUGCUGAUCUCAGUGAAUACAACAUGUUGUGGCAAGAUGGAAAGGUUUGUAUGAAGUCACAAUCAAACAUUAAGUUCUGUCUACAUCUAUAAAACAACUUUUUCAAAGAGCAGGCCACAUAUUUUUGGCAAGUGUAUGGAAAAGGAUUCAUACUCCCAAGCGAGUCAUGUAAGAUGAUGGAAAAUAUGAAAUUCUAGGAAGGCUAGUGGAGAUCUAGUUUGUUUUAACUCCCUCUUUCUUCCCCAUCUUUCCCUAUGGCCACAUCUGGCCUGCCCACAACCAGCUCACAGGCCAAAUCUAAGUCCUUGUGUUGUAGUAAUUGUGUAAUAUUCACACAAUACAUAGGGUAGUGUUGAUUGUAAUAGCUGUAGAAUAUAAAUAUUUGGCACUUCCAUCAGUUUUACAUCUGUCUUAUGAAAUUUAGUGUGUGUUGUAAACCAACUGUCUUCUGACGCAGUACUUCAGCAGAACAAUAACAUACCAAUGUGUACUUCACAAUAUCAGUCUUUAUUCUGAGGCUGCUGUUUAGCAAAUAGAAAUAAUGCUAAAAAAACUGUCCAUACCUGCUAAAGAUGCUCAUACAUUGGCAAUCAAGGGGCUUGAAAUUAAUCCUCUCUGCUCUUCUUUUGCUUGCUUCAUUACGGACUUCCUUAUUACACUGUUUACUUUGGGGAUAUAUAUAUCUGUCAUUACAAUUCUUUUCUUUUAACAAAUAAAUGUGACAUUCUGUGUGUAGCCAGAUGACCUUGAAGCUAGUUGUAAAACUAUGUCUAGAGCAUAUCCUGCUAUCUGAGGUCUGGAGGUUAAUAUCUCAGUGUUAAAUAGCUAUUUGUUUAACCCUUAAACAGAUAAACUUUACAGUUGUUUUCAGCUAUAUACAUAUACAUACAAGAUAAAUUCUUGGCAACAUUACAAUAUUCUACAUUUUAUAAAUUUAAUAUUUACUUUUUAUUUCAACACUUCCAGGUUUGGCUUAUUGACGUGAGUCAGUCAGUUGAGCCUACUCACCCUCAUGGAUUAGAGUUUCUGUACCGGGACUGCAGGAAUGUAUCACAGGUAUGCAUCCGCUAUGUAUUUCAUUUCUCUACCAUACCAAGCAAAUUGCUGAACUGUGUUCAUACGUGGGCACUGGAGUACAGGUUUAAGCAGUUUGUGUCUCUCCCCAUUUUCUGCGACCCAUCUCCAUCAUACUGGUCCUGGGGGAUUAAAUGGAUAAACUCAACCGCACUACACAGUCUAGGCUCAUGUACAGUAUUCUAGGGAUGAACAGUAUCCCGGUAGAAGAAGUUUUUUGUCCAAAGAGUGAUGAAUAGAGCCUUAAUGGAAUGUAAAUCUGGAUGUCUACGUAAAACCUAUAGCUAACCCUGUGUAUAAAUUGGGCUGGAAGGGAAGAGGUUAAAAUCUGCCUACGUUUCUUUUUGCUUUAACACGUUAACUUAUCUUUAUCUAUUACCAAAAUGAAUGUUUUUAUACCAUUGGUUGCCAUCUUCUUUCUUGUAUUAGUUCUUCCAGAAGGCAGGCGUUUCUGAAACCCCAAAUGAACGCGAACUUUUCAACAUUGUGUCUGGCUUGAAUAUCACAUCUGAUAAUCAAGCGGAUUUCUUGGCAGAGGUAAAUAUUAAUGUACAGAGGUUUGGAACACAUGCAUAUUCUGUUUGAAUCCGACACUAAACGUUGGUAAAUGUCUCACUGCUGCAAUAUAAUUAUAUUUUACUUGCAAUUCGUGUUGGUCAUCUAUGGUUGUAGAUUGGAAAUGAUGACUGGUUUCCUGGACUUGUGGUGCAUGGGAACCUCACAAUUUUGUUGUAAAGUCUGUUUUAAAAGUACUUUGGUAGAGAGCAAAGGCAUGUUAAAGGACCACUCUACACCCAUAAAGCACUUGGUUUUGCUGAAGUGCUUUAUGGGUGAGGAGUGUCCCAUAAUAUGGACCAUUCAGCUUUUGCACACUGUUUUAAGAUAUACAUGCAUGCAAUACAUACAUGAAAAUUCAUGUAUUUACUGGUAGUGUAUCUACUAAACAGAUACAUUUCUUACACCUUCUAGUGGUACACGAUACACUUAUGCCUAUGGUGGAGCGCUAUAGAGUUGAAAGAAAUAGAUAACUUACCCCAUGUUUAUAUGUACAGAAGAAUAUAUUUAGUACAUAAAACAAACUAUAUAGUGCAGAUGGUAAUUCUGUAUAGUGUGUGUUUUUGUUUUCCUCCAAUGCAUGCUGUAUACAGCCCUGUUACUUGACCUCAAAGAUGUAUUGCUCUUAUAUAAUUAUCAUCUCCACUAUAGUUUUUUAUUUUGGUUCUUUAAAUGUACUUGAUAUGUUCUUCUUUACAUAUCAACGUGGGAAAGGUACACCUUCUAUUUUUCCGCUUUAGUGAUCCACCAUAGAUUUAAGUGUAUCUUGUACCACUAAAAGUUAUGUAUGUUUGUGGUGUGUGGGGAAAGGUGGUAUCCCACACAGGAGAGCAGAGCUGCUAUUUAAAUUACACUUUAAGCAAGUCUGAAGUAACACACCUCCUCCUUAAAGGAGGUUUCUUUAUUUUAUUUAAACAGUGAUUUCUAUAUAUUUUUUAUUUUUAUUUUUUUAUUAAAAUUUUUGCAUCAAAUUAGGGCAGAUGACUGCUAUAGGACGGGGGAGGGGGGUGGCAUAGUCCCCAGGCCAAAAUUGGCAUUCAAAUUAGUUUUUGCAUUUUUCAAACACAAACAAAUAUGAACACUAACUUUUGGCCAGUGUUUGUGACCAAGUGGCUACUAAAAAAAGACUGGACAUACCACAUUUGCAAUACCUUGGGUUGUCUACUUUUGCAAAUGGUAUGCAAUCAUGGGGGCAAUUCUCGUUCCUGGGCUACCAUAGGGUCUCAAAGGCAACGUAACCAAUCUGGUGAAUUUCCGCGUGAAAAAACAGAAAACUGUAACUUGCCACAACACCAUAAAACCUGUACAUAGGGGGUACUGUUUGACAUGUGAGACAUCGCUGAAUACAAAUUUUUUUUUUUUAGGACAUUCACAGUUAGAAUGUCACGUAGAACUAAACAUUUAUUUAUUUUUUAAAUUCUUUUUAUUUAUUUUUUUUAUUCAUAUUAAAUUGUUUCAUACCUAAAUAUUUGUUAAAUGAAAGCCCUGUUUCCCACUCAAUAAAAUUAUAUAUGUGUGGGUGCACAUAAUAUGAAAGAGGCGAAUUACGCCUGAACAGACAUAUAGCGCAAAUUCAAGUUUUUGGGUUUUUUAAAGUUAUUUUUGUUUUCAUCACAACGUGUACAUUUGGCUCAGUCCUUAAGGGGUUAAAACCUAAGAUUCUCUAGAUGAUAAAAUAAAAGAUUAAUCAACAGUCACUAUUUCCAGAGUAUUAGAUAUGUAACGAGAUCAGAAUGUUUGUUUUGGGUUUUUUUGUUUUGGUUUUUUGUGCAUAUUUUAAAGGGAAAAAAAACCUAAGACAAAGCAAACUGGAAUGCUGUUGUACAAAACUUGGGUUUUUAAUAACAUUUCUGUAGUUAUUACAGAACUCGAAUUAUUUUCCACAAAAAAAGAUUUCAGGUGUUAGCAGUCUCCAGUUUUACCUUAAUAUCUUUCAUCUUUUUAUUUCAUGGUCUAGAUUGAAGCAUUGGAGAGAUUAAAUGAAUCUCACGUUCAGAACCAUAAAAAGAAGAUUUCUGCAUUUCAGAAAGAUGAUGAAGGGCCUCCCAGGCUUUACGAUGAAUAAUCUUAACAGGAUGUUGGAGUUAAGAGUUAACCGCAAAAAAAAAGAUUGCUGUGUUCCAACAGCAUUGAUGCAGUGAAUAAAAAAAAAAAAAAAAAACUCUGCCUCGUGUAGGUUGGAAUCAGUGAAUCAGAAGCCUUACCUUCUAGAAAACGUUCUCUGUAUUCUAGCUGAGGUGAACAGUGCAUCAGGAUGUAGCCUGCGAACAAGCUGAGGGAUCAAAAGGAUGCCAUCUUUUCUUCCUCUAAGAAUAGUGCAUGUCUAUAAACAGUGCAGUUGGCCUUUCAAGCACUAAGGUGAUUGUAAACAUAGUGCUGUGCAUUUAAUUGGGUAAAAAUCUAACGUGAGGGGGGCACCUUCAUCUUGUUGUAGUUUACGGAUUGUGUAAAUCAUUUUGUGAUAAAGUCACACAAGACAUUGUGAAAGUUACCAAAAGAGCGAUAAUUGUUAAAGGGGAUUCUUAAAAUAAGUUUUAUUAAUUCAGGCAAAAUAAUCUGGAAGUCAUCAUAUCGAUUUAAAUAGAAACUCAUUUUGGUGGAAGGGAAGAUAAACCUACAUAAAGGAAUGCUUUAAGCAGAUGUGAGGCAUUGGAUUAAUUUUUUAAUAUAUUUUUUUUAAUUUAAGGACAUUUGUGUGCCUCUUAAAUAAAUAAACUCUUCAUUUUGUGUUCAUAGCAUUUUAAAUGCCUAUGUUGUAAUCACGCUUAGUCUCUUAAUCAGCGGCAGUUCAUUGUUCACUUUUUUUUACCCCCAUUUUAAUUUUACAUCUGUUUAGUAAAUUUAGUUUUCCUAGUGCUCUUUCUAUUGUCUCAUUGUAAGGUAUAAACUUACAUAAAUGUGUCCUGUCUCUCUACUGGCUAUUUAAGUCUUUAUACAUUAGACUUUUGUACAAAUCUGAUCUGCCCAAAUUAAUUGAUUGGUCAUAUCAAUGUGUUUUGGUGUAGAUUAACAAGAAUUGUAUUGGUUUGUCGCAGCUGCAGUGAAUUUGUGCACAAGUCUAGUAUUCAUCACCAUUUAAAGAGGUGGUGAAAUUCUAAACUAUAGAACAUAUUAACUAAUGUUUGUAGGUGGAAAAAUCUAUUGCAUUAACACGGUUUGCGCCAGGUUGUAUCAUUGAGCAUUGCCUAAAUUACUCCUAACACAAUUUGUAUUAAUUUUGUCACAUAGAUUAUUGUGGUUUACUUCACUUCUCUGCUUUUAAAAUAGAUUAUAUAUUGUAACAUUUUUCUUUAAGCCAAUAAUGUGUGUUGUGGGGGAGGGGGAGGGAGGCUUGCUGUGCAAACAAAUCAAGAUAGUGAUAAUUUAGUAAGUGGUGCAGUGAUCUGCUUGGUAUUUUAAAAAAAAUAAAUAAGUGUUUUGAAAUCUGUGAGUGUUUCGUUCUUUUAUGUAUUUUCCUCAUCGCUUUACAUUUUUAUGGUUUUGUAUUUAUUGUGAGUUACCCUAUUUUUCAUUUGAGCAGUUCUGUGAAUAUUUUGCACAGUGGGUGAUGAUGAUUUUGACAAUAAAUUUGUAAGAAUUUAGAUGAGACUCAUUUAUUUAGCUUGUCCUGGAGCUGGUUAUCACUGCUUUCUUAAAGGGAUACUAUAGUCACCAGAACUACAGCUUAUUGAAUUUGUUCUGGUGAGUAGAAUCAUUACCGUCAGGCUUUUUGCUGUAAACACUGUCUUUUCAGAGAAAAUGCAGUGUUUACAUUACAGCCUAGUGACAACUUCACUGGCCACUCCUUAGAUGGCUGUUAGAGAUCCUUCUUGGGUCAUGGCUGCCUAAAAUGCAUCCACACUUUCAGUGUCUCCUCCCUCUGCAUGCAGAUAUUGAACUUUCCUCAUAGAGAUUCAUUGAUUCAAUUAAUCUCUGAGGAGCUGCUGAUUGGCCA